CUCUCCCAUAGUAACUUCAGAAGUCCUUUCACAGAUGAUUCAGAAGAAAAGCAGACAGCUAGUUGCCAGAAUCUGAUCUCAAUUUGUUAUUUUUUUCCCUUGGUGCCAGUUUCACUACUAAUUGUUCUUUUCACAGCCAGCUUUUGAGAACCUUGAAGAGUUUGGUAUCUGAAAAUUUACACAUGGGAGGGUGAUCUUCCACUCUUCAGAGAAUCAAAUUCUUCUUUCCAUCUCAGAAAAACUUUGGCUGUUGGAAACAUCUCAGUGAGCCUUGUUUGAAAGAGACUCUCUUGUAUCCCACUUCCAAGCAUGGAGGUGAAGAACUUUGAAGCUUGGGAUUAUGUUGUAUUUGCAGGUCUCUUUGUCAUUUCCUCUGGAAUUGGCGUCUUCUUUGCCAUAAAGGAGAGAAAAAAGACAACAUCUCGGGAAUUCUUAGUAGGAGGAAGGCAAAUGAGCUUUGGCCCUGUAGCUUUGUCUCUGACAGCCAGCUUCAUGUCAGCUGUCACUGUCCUGGGGACUCCUUCUGAAGUCUACCGCUUUGGGGCAUCCUUCCUCCUUUUCCUCAUUUCAUAUGCAUUUGUGGUCUUUUUCACAUCUGAGCUCUUUCUUCCUGUGUUCUACCGAUCUGGCAUCACAAGUACCUAUGAGUACUUACAACUAAGAUUCAACAAGCCAGUUCGCUAUGCAGCAACCUUUAUCUACAUCGUGCAGACGAUUCUCUACACAGGAGUUGUGGUCUACGCCCCUGCUUUGGCUCUCAACCAAGUGACCGGUUUUGAUCUAUGGGCCUCUGUGUUCGCAACAGGAAUCGUUUGCACAUUCUACUGUAGCUUGGGAGGUUUAAAAGCAGUGGUGUGGACAGACGCAUUUCAGAUGGUUGUCAUGAUUGUGGGCUUCUUAACAGUACUCAUUCAAGGAUCCAAUCAUGUUGGUGGCUUCGACAUUGUGUUAGAAAAAGCACGAAACGGAUCCCGGCUACACAUUGUUGACUUUGAUGCAGAUCCUCUCAGACGGCACACUUUUUGGACAAUUGCAGUAGGAGGAACUUUUACUUGGCUUGGAAUCUAUGGAGUGAACCAAUCAACCAUCCAGAGAUGCAUCUCUUGCAAAACAGAAAAGCAUGCUAAGCUUGCCUUGUACUUUAAUUUGUUGGGUCUCUGGAUAAUUGUGGUGUGUGCAGUCUUCUCUGGUUUGAUCAUGUACUCCUACUUCAAGGAUUGUGACCCUUGGACUUCUGGUGCUAUUUUGGCACCAGACCAGCUAAUGCCAUAUUUUGUCAUGGAGAUUUUUGCAACUAUGCCAGGGCUGCCAGGACUUUUUGUGGCUUGUGCCUUCAGUGGAACUCUGAGCACAGUGGCUGCCAGCAUCAAUGCCUUAGCAACAGUGACCUUUGAGGAUUUUGUCAAGAGCUGUUUUCCACAUCUCUCCGACACGCUGAAUACCUGGAUCAGUAAAGGCUUAUGUCUCCUUUUUGGUAUUAUAUGUACCUCCAUGGCUGUGGUUGCAUCCCUCAUGGGGAGUGUUGUACAGGCUGCCCUCAGCAUCCAUGGCAUGUGCGGGGGACCGAUGCUAGGUUUAUUCACUUUGGGACUUGUGUUUCCUUUUGUAAACUGGAAGGGUGCUCUAGGAGGACUCCUUACUGGAAUCACAUUGUCAUUCUGGGUGGCCAUCGGAGCUUUCAUUUACCCUGCACCAGACUCUAAGACAUUACCUUUACCUCUAUCAACAGAGCUUUGUGUCGAAUUAAAUAUAACAACAACAGUAGCCCCACAGCUUUCCAGCAGACCUGUCCUAGCUGACACUUGGUACUCACUCUCCUACCUUUACUACAGUGCUGUGGGCUGCCUGGGAUGUAUAGCUGCUGGGAUAAUCAUCAGCUUCCUGACAGGCAGGCAAAGAGGCAAAGACAUUGACCCACUUUUAAUAAGACCAGUUUGCAAUUUAUUUUGCUUUUGGUCUAAGAAAUACAAAACUCUAUGCUGGUGUGGAGUUCAGCAUGACCGGGAAACUGAGCAGGAUUACCUGGACAGUGACAGUACCUGGAAACAAGGGGUUGAAUCUGGCCUACAGAAUGGACUCAAGCAAGACACCCUGGCUCAGACUCCAGGCUACAACCCCAUAGACAAAAGCUACAGCAACAGUGUGCCGGAGAAGACCACUUAUUUCUAGGACAAUACAUGCGACUGAUAAUAUCCUUACACACAUACAUGCCUGUACUUCAUGUCACUUCUUAUUAUAGCCUUGUGUACAGAUUCUUGUCAGCAAAGAAGGAUCUCCAAUACCUAUUUAUACUUAUUUAUAGAAA